UGCGAAAAAAAGGGAUGAUGAAAGUCAACAAGUCGGACAAAGAGUGCAGGUUGCGCGCAAAGACACUCGGUCGAGAUGGGUCUGGUCGAGGGAUUGCCGAUUGUGGGAAUACGGACAUCGCGUGUCGUCGGGGCAGCCGUCGGCAGAAGCCAAGGGCGGUGGUAGUGGUUGUGCCGUGUUCUUCGUCUAUCGGCCGUUGCCGCAGUUCCUUGCCCGGUCUCGGCAACGCCUUGGACAAAGCCGAUUCUGCAGAGCAGAAAGUCCUAGGUCACGGUCAAUCCAACGGGGGGGAAAACAUAGCCAGUCCAUCCAUCCACCGAUUCCCACCCUCCCUCCUCCCCCCCAUCCCCGCCGGGCCGGCGCCCAAACCCAACAUGGCUGCUCACAUCCACAUUUUUCCAGAAUCCAACUUUGCGGCACUAGCCCUUGGGUUGGAUCCAUCAUCCCAAACAGCAGCUUUCCGCCGUGAAAGGUGGACGGGGUCCCUCUGAGUCUUUGACUGCACCUCAUGUUCGCAGCGACCCCAUGUCACUGCCUGCCGCUGCCGCGGCUCUCCACCGAGUAAGCUUGUCAGCUGCCACACGCUUCACCGAGGCCAACGACACCUCGUGAAGCUACGCAUCGUUGCAAGUCAACCAGAGUUGCGAAUGACAGGAGAGGGAAAUGUGCUUAGCAGU